CACACCCAGCAAGAAUAGAAAGUCAUUUCAUCUUCAUCAGCUGAAAACAAAGGAACAAAAAUGUUUGGAAAACUGAUGUUGUUCCUUCUAGUGACGUCACUUUGUAGCUUCUCAAUAGCCACAGGUCAAGAUAAAGACUGCAAGUCUCAACCUGAUACAGGACCUUGUAAAGCUUAUAUCCCCAGUUAUUACUACGACCCAGACAGCUGCCAGUGUAAGAGAUUUAUUUAUGGAGGUUGUGGCGGUAAUGGAAACCGAUAUAAAACUGAAGCAGACUGCUUGGCUGCUUGUUCAGGUCAGGAUAAAGACUGCAUCUCUCAACCUGAUACAGGACCUUGUACAGCUUAUAUCCCCAGUUAUUACUACGACCCAGACAGCUACCAGUGUAAGAGAUUUAUUUAUGGAGGUUGUGGCGGGAAUGGAAACCGAUAUAACACGGUAGCAGACUGCUUGGCUGCUUGUUCAGGUUGGGACUGCACAUCUCCACCUGACCCAGGACAUUGUUAUGGUUAUUUCCCCAGGUAUUACUACAAUCCAAAGACCCGUCAAUGUAAGACAUUUGUUUACGGGGGUUGUGGAGGGAAUGGAAACCAAUAUAACACAGAAUCACAUUGCUUGGCUGCUUGUUCAGAAGGAAUGAGAUUAGAUCACCUGUGGAUAUAG